UUGGUUCAAGUCCUUUACUACGCUCUAGCAAUUAUUUUUAUGCCUACAAAAUGGAACAAGUUGAAAAGUACUCUAUCCUGCUUUGCUCUAACUACUGCGACUGUUGUAUCGGUUAUGUUCUGGGGCUUAUAUUUCUACGACAAAGAAGUUCUUAUGGCUAAAGAAACAUUUGAUAUAAUGCCCGUGUGGCUUAUGCAUGUCACUCACUCUCUCGUUGGUGUGACUGCAAUUCUUGAUGUUAUUAUAUCUCGCCCCAAACCGGUGCCUGUUAUGAGAAGCCUAUCUUUGGUUGUCUUGUACUACCUCGGUUAUGUCGUUCUCACUGAGUAUCUAAUUGCCAAGGAGAAGUAUUAUGUGUAUCCACUUAUUAAAAUGUUCUCUGAUGUUGCGCGAUAUCAAUUCUACGGAGUGGUUUUCAUUGGCAUUCUCCUAGUCUUCCUCGUUUCCGUUUUUACAAUCAAGUUCUCUUCAAUGGAGUCAAAACGCAAAUCCAAGAAAGACAAGAGUAGGAAUAAAAAGCCUCAACAACACCAAAAGCCGAGCCAACAAGCACAAAAACAUUCUACUGUUACAAAUGCUAAUGCUAAAAAUAAGAAGAAGCCAAACAAGCAGGAGUAA